AUGAAACUACCUCUUGAACAAGAUGGAGAGAUUCUGAUCUGUUUAAUCAUGUCGGAUGCUCCUGAAUCAGUUGAAGAAAAGACCAUAAGUGAUUUGAAAGCUGGUCAUGCUCCAGCAAUUAAAGUUGGUGGUAUGCGUGUAGCUGCUCCUCGUCGAACAUCUCAGAGCGAUGAUAAGAAAACUGGAAUAUCAAAAGAAGGUCCUGGUGAUGAAGCCAGCCCAGGUGAUAGUACAGCUGCUGGAAGUGCUGAAGGUGGACAAGAAACAUCAGGUGAAAAUGCUGGUGAUGGUGGUGAAGAAAUAUCCGGAGCGGUCUCAAAACAUCAGCCAGCUGGAAUGGUGAUUGGUGGAGAAUUUGUUCGAGUAUAUUAA